AUGUCUAGUAUGCUGAAAACCAUACCAAUCUCAAUCACCUCUUCGCUUUCUCAUAACCCUAAAAACCACAUAAAUUACUCCAAAUCUCGUAACCGUUUCAUCUUCUUCAAACAACCUCGGACAACAUGUCUUCAAUAUUCCAGAUUAGAUUUUUAUUCUCGCGCCACUGUCACUCGCAGCGUAACCCAAAACCAAAAUGCCAAAAUUUGCAACUUCUGUCAAAUGGGUAAUCUCAGAAACGCUAUGGAAUUGCUCACAACAUCACAAAGACACGAGAUUGGGUUGAGUACUUAUUAUUCCGUUUUGCAGCUUUGUGCUGAGAAGAACUCUUUGGAAGAUGGAAAAAGGGUUCAUUCCAUUAUCAUUUCAAAUGGCGUGGUGAUUGAUGAGGUUUUAGGGGCUAAACUAGUUUUCAUGUAUGUGAAAUGUGGUGAUUUGGUUAAUGCGAGAGGGAUAUUUGAUGAGAUUCUUAAUGAUAACGUUUUUCUUUGGAAUCUUAUGAUGUCUGGAUAUGCAAAGAUUGAUUAUUAUAGAGAAAGUCUGAGUCUUUUUAAGAAAAUGCAGAAGAUGGGAGUUUCAGGGGAUUCUUAUACAUUUACUUGUGUGUUGAAGUGUUUUGCUGAAUUGAGAAAGGUUAAGGAGUGUAAAAGUGUUCAGGGGUAUAUUUUGAAACUUGGUUUUGGUUCUAAUACUGCUGUUGUUAACUCGAUGAUUGCAGCUUAUUUUAAAUUCGGUGAAGUUGAGAGUGCACUUAAUCUGUUUGAUGAAUUGACUGAUAGAGAUGUAGUUUCAUGGAAUUCUUUGAUAAGUGGCUGUGUUGUGAAGGGUUUAUUCGGAAAUGGACUUGAGAUUUUCGUUGAGAUGUUGGUUAUGGGAGUUAAUUGGAAUUUGACCACAUUGGUUAGUGUUCUUGAUGCUUCUACAAAUAUUGGCAACCUUUCGUUUGGUAGAGCUCUUCAUGCUUUUGGAGUAAAAGCUUGUUAUGGUGAGGAAUUUUGGUUUAACAAUGAGUUACUUUACAUGUAUGCGAUUGGUGGUGAUUUGGUUAAUGCGAGACAAAUAUUUGAUGAGAUUCUUAAUGAUAAGGUUUCUCUUUGGAAUUUUAUGAUGUCUGAAUAUGCAAAGAGUGGUUAUUAUAGAGAAAGUCUGAGUCUUUUUAAGAAAAUGCAGAAGAUGGGAGUUUCAGGGGAUUCUAAUACAUUUACUUGUGUGUUGAAGUGUUUUGCUGCAUUGAGAAAGGUUAAGGAGUGUAAAAGGGUUCAUGAGUAUAUUUUGAAACUUGGUUUUGGUUCUAAUACUGCUGUUGUUACCUCGAUGAUUGCAGCUUAUUUUAAAUUCGGUGAAGUUGAGAGUGCACUUAAUCUGUUUGAUGAAUUGACUGAUAGAGAUGUAGUUUCAUGGAAUUCUGUGAUAAGUGAGUGUGCUGUGAAUGGUUUUUCAAAAAAUGUAGUUGAGAUUUUCGUUCAGAUGCUGGUUAUGGGGGUUAAUUGGGAUUUGAACACAUUGGUUAGUGUUCUUGAUGCUUCUGCAAAUAUUGGCAACCUUUCGAUUGGUAGAGCUCUUCAUGCUUUUGGAGUGAAAGCUUGUUUUGGUGAGGAAUUUUGGUUUAACAAUAGGUUACUUUACAUGUAUUCAAAGAUUCGUGAUUAUAGAGGAAGUUUGAGUCUUUUUAAGAAAAUGCAGAUGAUGGGAGUUUUAGGGGAUUCUGAUAUGUUUUGUUGUGCGUUCAAGUGUUUUGCUGAAUUGGGAAAGCUUGAGGAGUGUAAAAGGGUUCAUGGGUAUAUUUUGAAACUUGGUUUUGGAUCUAAUACCGCUGUUGUUAACUCGAUGAUUGUGGCUUAUUUUAAAUUCGGUGAAGUUGAGAGUGCAUGUAAUCUAUUUGAUGAAUUGACUGAUAGAGAUGUUUUUUCAUGGAAUUCUAUGAUAAAUGGCUGUAUUAUGAAUGGUUUAUCCGGAAAUGGACUUGAGAUUUUCAUUGAGAUGUUGGUUAUGGGAAUUAAUUGGGAUUUGACCAUAUUGGUUAGUGUUCUUGAUGCUUCUGCAAAUAUUGGCAACCUUUCGAUUGGUAGAGCUCUUCAUGCUUUUGGAGUAAAAGCUCGUUAUGGUGAGGAAUUUUGGUUUAACUAUAGGUUACUUUCCAUGUAUUCAAAGAUUCGUGAUUAUAGAGGAAGUUUGAGUCUUUUUAAGAAAAUGCAGAUGAUGGGAGUUUCAGGGAAUUCUUAUAUGUUUACUUGUGUGUUCAAGUGUUUUGCUGAAUUGGGAAAGGUUGAGGAGUGUAAAAGGGUUCAUGGGUAUAUUUUGAAACUUGGUUUUGGUUCUAAUACCGCUGUUGUUAACUGGAUGAUUAUGGCUUAUUUUAAAUUCGGUGAAGUUGAGAGUGCAUGUAAUCUAUUUGAUGAAUUGACUGAUAGAGAUGUUUUUUCAUGGAGUUAUAUGAUAAAUGGCUGUAUUAUGAAUGGUAUCUCCAAAAAUGUAGUUGAGAUUUUCGUUCAGAUGCUGGUUAUGGGGGUUAAUUGGGAUUUGAACACAUUGGUUAGUGUUCUUGAUGCUUCUGCAAAUAUUGGCAACCUUUCGAUUGGUAGAGCUCUGCAUGCAUUUGGAGUGAAAGCUUGUUUUGGUGAGGAAUUUUGGUUUAACAAUAGGUUACUUUACAUGUAUUCAAAGAUUCGUGAUUAUAGAGGAAGUUUGAGUCUUUUUAAGAAAAUGCAGAUGAUGGGAGUUUCAGGGGAUUCUUAUAUGUUUACUUGUGUGUUCAAGUGUUUUGCUGAAUUGGGAAAGGUUGAGGAGUGUAAAAUGGUUCAUGGGUAUAUUUUGAAACUUGGUUUUGGUUCUAAUACUGCUGUUGUUAACUCGAUGAUUGUGGCUUAUUUUAAAUUUGGUGAAGUUGAGAGUGCAUGUAAUCUAUUUGAUGAAUUGACUGAUAGAGAUGUUUUUUCAUGGAAUUCUAUGAUAAAUGGCUGUAUUAUGAAUGGUUUAUCUGGAAAUGGAAUUGAGAUUUUCGUUGAGAUGUUGGUUAUGGGAAUUAAUUGGGAUUUGACCACAUUGGUUAGUGUUCUUGAUGCUUCUGCAAAUAUUGGCAACCUUUCGAUUGGUAGAGCUCUUCAUGCUUUUGGAGUAAAAGCUUAUUAUGGUGAGGAAUUUUGGUUUAACAAUAGGUUACUUUUCAUGUAUGGGAAAUGUGGUGAUUUGGUUAAUGCGAGACAAAUAUUUGAUGAGAUUCUUAAUGAUAAGGUUUAUCUUUGGAAUUUUAUGAUGUCUGAAUAUGCAAAGAUUGGUUAUUAUAAAGGAAGUCUGAGUCUUUUUAAGAAAAUGCAGAAGAUGGGAGUUUUAGGGGAAUCGUAUACGUUUACUUGUGUGUUCAAUUGUUUUGCUGAAUUGGGAAAGUUUGAGGAGUGUAGAAGGGUUCAUGGGUAUAUUGUGAAACUUGGUUUUGGUUCUAAUACUGCUGUUGUUAACUCGAUGAUUGCAGCUUAUUUUAGAUUCGGUGAUGUUGAGAGUGCACAAAAUCUGUUUUAUGAAUUGACUGAUAGAGAUGUAAUUUCAUGGACUUCUAUGAUAAAUGGCUGUAUUGUGAAUGAUUUAUCCGGAAAUGGACUUGAGAUUUUCGUUGAGAUGUUGGUUAUGGGAGUUAAUUGGGAUUUGAUCACAUUGGUUAGUGUUCUAGAGGCUUCUGCAAAUAUUGGCAACCUUUCGUUUGGUAGAGCUCUUCAUGCUUUUGGAGUGAAAGCUUGUUUUGAUGAGGAAGUUGUACACAGUUGCAUUAUAAAGAGUGGCAUGGGAUCGAAUUUGCCUGUCGCUAAUGCUCUCAUGAACAUGUAUGCAAAAUGUGGAAGUGUGGAAGAAGCUCGGUUAGUUUUCUCUCAUACUCUAGCUAAGGACAUUGUUUCGUGGAAUACAAUGAUUGGAUGUUAUUCGCAAAAUUCACUUCCCAAUGAAGCUCUAGAACUCUUUUCGGACAUGCAAAAGCAGUUAAAACCAGACGACAUUACAAUGGCUUGUGUCCUUCCAGCUUGCGCAGGCUUAGCAGCUCUAGACAAAGGAAGAGAGAUACAUGGGCACAUAUUAAGAAGAGGGUACUUUUCAGAUUUGCGUGCAGCUUGUGCACUUGUUGAUAUGUAUGCCAAAUGUGGGUUACUUGUUCUAGCACGGUUACUUUUUGAUAUGAUUCCUCAAAAGGAUCUGAUUUCAUGGACUGUUAUGAUAGCUGGAUACAGCAUGCACGGAUUUGGGAAUGAGGCGAUUUCCACAUUCAACAAGAUGAGGAUUGCAGGUAUCGAGCCUGACGAGUCCUCCUUUGCCGCCAUACUUAAUGCUUGCAGUCAUUCUGAAUUACUGCACGAGGGUUGGAGAUUCUUUAACUUUAUGAGAAAUGAAUGCGGUAUCGAACCAAAGUUAGAGCACUAUGCCUGCAUGGUGGAUCUCCUUUCCCGCGCAGGAAAUCUAUCAAAGGCGUACAAGUUCAUUGAGUCCAUGCCAAUUGAACCAGAUGCUACAAUUUGGGGUGCAUUGCUUUCCGGAUGCAGGAUCCAUCAUGAUGUGAAGCUAGCAGAAAAAGUAGCCGAACAUCUUUUUGAGCUAGAGCCAGACAACACAAUGUAUUAUGUUGUUCUAGCGAAUGUCUAUGCAGAGGCAGAAAAGUGGGAAGAAGUGAAAAGGUUGCAAGAAAAGUUGCGUAAUAGAAGAUUCAAACAGGAUCCAGGUUGUAGUUGGAUAGAGGUCGGAGGAAAGUUGAAUAUCUUUGAUGCCGGGAACACUAAACACCCUCAGGCAAAAAGGAUAGACGCGUUGCUGAGAAAAUUGAGUUUGCAAAUGAAAAAUGGAGAUUACUCUAUUAAGUUGAUUAAUGAAGAUGACAUGGAGAAGGAAGUGAUUCAGUGUGGACACAGUGAAAAGUUAGCAAUGGCUUUUGGUAUAUUAAAUUUGCCGUCUGGGAGAACUGUUAGGGUCACGAAGAAUCGAAGAGUAUGCAGAGAUUGUCAUGAGAUGGGGAAAUUCAUGUCCAAGACAACCAAGAGGGAAAUUUUAUUGAGAGAUUCAAACCGGUUUCACCAUUUCAAGGAUGGUUUAUGUUCUUGCCGAGGUUUCUGGUAA